CGGAGCCGUAACCUUCCCAUCCCGAGAGCUGCAGUUCCAGCUACAGCAGCAAGAAGCACAGAGCCAGCGACCGUGGCGGAGGCAGGAGCAUCCUGGGCGAGUGGCAGGGUGUCCCCGGGAGCCGGAAGGCGAACAGAGAUACCCUCUGAAAGCCAAGCAGAGAUCAUUAAGGAAGAGAGGAGGAAUGAGCCUGGACCUAGUGCCCUGAGAAGAGCUGCAUUAAGGAAAGGGGAACUCAACACCCAGAGACUCGACUGCCUGCCUUGCCAUCAGCAUGAGAACUUACCGGUACUUCUUGCUGCUCUUUUGGGUCGGCCAGCCCUACCCAACUUUCUCAAGCCCGUUAUCUAAAAGGACUAGUGGCUUGCCAGCAAAGUGGAGGGCCCUGGAGCUCUCCGCACACAGCAGGAAUGAGCUGAGCCGUUCGAAAAGGAGCUGGAUGUGGAAUCAGUUCUUCCUCCUGGAGGAAUACACGGGAUCCGAUUAUCAGUAUGUGGGCAAGUUACAUUCAGACCAGGAUAGAGGAGAUGGAUCACUUAAAUAUAUCCUUUCAGGAGAUGGAGCAGGAGAUCUCUUCAUUAUCAAUGAAAACACAGGCGAUAUACAGGCCACCAAGAGGCUGGACAGGGAAGAAAAACCUGUUUACAUCCUUCGAGCUCAAGCAAUCAACAGAAGGACAGGGAGACCCGUAGAGCCUGAGUCUGAAUUCAUCAUCAAGAUCCAUGACAUCAAUGACAAUGAGCCAAUAUUCACCAAGGACGUUUAUACAGCCACAGUCCCUGAGAUGGCUGAUGUUGGCACGUUUGUGGUCCAAGUCACUGCAACUGAUGCUGAUGACCCAACAUAUGGGAAUAGUGCUAAGGUUGUCUAUAGCAUCCUGCAGGGACAGCCCUACUUCUCAGUGGAGUCGGAAACAGGUAUCAUCAAGACAGCGUUGCUCAACAUGGAUCGGGAAAACAGAGAGCAGUACCAAGUGGUGAUUCAAGCCAAGGACAUGGGCGGCCAGAUGGGAGGACUGUCGGGGACCACGACCGUGAACAUCACGCUGACAGAUGUCAAUGACAACCCACCCCGUUUCCCCCAGAGUACAUACCAGUUUAAGACCCCGGAGUCUUCUCCACCGGGAACGCCAAUUGGCAGGAUCAAAGCCAGUGAUGCUGAUGUGGGAGAAAAUGCAGAGAUCGAGUACAGCAUCACAGAUGGGGAGGGACAAGAUAUGUUUGAUGUCAUCACCGACCAGGAAACCCAGGAAGGGAUUAUAACUGUCAAAAAGCUCUUGGACUUUGAAAAGAAGAAAGUGUACACCCUCAAGGUGGAAGCCUCCAACCCCCAUGUCGAACCCCGAUUCCUCUACCUGGGUCCCUUCAAAGACUCGGCCACGGUGAGAAUUGUGGUAGACGAUGUGGAUGAGCCUCCCGUGUUCAGCAAAAUGGCCUACAUCCUACAAAUACGAGAGGAUGCUCAGAUAAACACAACCGUAGGCUCUGUCUCAGCUCAGGAUCCUGACGCUGCCAGGAAUCCCGUCAAGUAUUCUGUGGAUAGACACACAGAUAUGGACAGGAUAUUCAACAUCGAUUCUGGAAAUGGUUCGAUUUUUACAUCGAAGCUGCUCGACCGGGAAACACUGCUGUGGCACAACAUCACAGUGAUAGCGACAGAGAUUAAUAAUCCAAAGCAAAGCAGCCGAGUGCCUCUGUAUAUCAAAGUUCUUGAUGUCAAUGACAAUGCCCCAGAAUUUGCUGAGUUCUAUGAAACCUUUGUCUGUGAAAAAGCAAAGGCAGAUCAGCUGAUUCAGACCCUGCAUGCCGUUGACAAGGAUGAUCCUUACAGUGGACACCAAUUUUCCUUCUCCCUGGCCCCAGAAGCAGCCAGUGGCUCAAAUUUUACCAUACAAGAUAACAAAGACAACACCGCAGGAAUCCUAACUCGGAGAAAUGGCUAUAACAGACACGAGAUGAGCACCUAUCUCCUGCCUGUGGUCAUUUCAGACAACGACUACCCAGUCCAAAGCAGCACUGGGACAGUGACUGUCCGGGUCUGUGCAUGUGACCACCAUGGGAACAUGCAGUCGUGCCACGCCGAGGCCCUCAUCCACCCCACGGGGCUGAGCACAGGGGCUCUGGUGGCUAUCCUCCUGUGCAUCGUGAUCCUACUAGUGACAGUGGUGCUGUUCGCAGCUCUGAGGCGGCAGCGAAAGAAAGAGCCUUUGAUCAUUUCCAAAGAGGACAUCAGAGAUAACAUUGUCAGUUACAACGACGAAGGUGGCGGAGAGGAAGACACCCAGGCCUUUGAUAUCGGAACCCUGAGGAACCCCGAAGCCAUGGAGGACAGCAAAUCUCGCAGGGACAUUGUGCCUGAAGCUCUUUUUCUACCGCGACGGACUCCAACAGCUCGCGACAACACGGAUGUCAGAGAUUUCAUUAACCAAAGGUUAAAGGAAAAUGACACAGACCCAACAGCCCCUCCCUACGACUCCUUGGCCACCUACGCCUACGAAGGCACCGGCUCAGUGGCCGACUCCCUGAGCUCGCUGGAGUCAGUGACCACAGAUGGAGACCAAGAUUAUGACUAUUUGAGUGACUGGGGCCCUCGGUUCAAAAAGCUGGCAGAUAUGUACGGAGGGAUGGACAGUGACAAAGAUUCCUAAUCUGUUGCCUUUUUCGUUUUCCAAUAUGACACUGGAAUAUGUGACGUGGCUAUUCCUUUCUAUUUAUCCACUAUUCCGUGAGGGGUUCUCUGUUGUACCCAUUCCAAAAGCCAAUGGCUGCAGUCCGUGCGGAUCCAACGUUAGAGACUUGUUUUCUAGUACACUUUUAUGAGCUUCCAAGAGGCAAGUUUUUAUUUUUUAGUUCUUGCAGUUAACCAAGUUAGCCGAGCAGGCACGCAGCGGGAGGCGAGGAGGGAACAGCGUUUUCCCUUGGUUCUCUUAUGGCGGGUUGGCCACACAGUCCUUACUGCUGGCCUGGACUCCACUUUUGCUCAUGGCCUCCUGUCAGACCAAUGCUCCAACUGUACAUUUCACAUGCUAAUGGGAAAAGGGAUCACUUUAAUGGUAAAAAUAUAGUUUUAGUAUAUUUAUAAAAAAAAAAGUGGAAGGAACAAUCGGGAAAUUGCUCCUGGUCUGUCAGCAAUCAAGGAGAUAAUUAGCUACGAAAGGGUUUGUAAGGGUGUACGUGUGUCAGAGAUUUCAAAGUGGCAUCUGGGGCACUCUGUCUGUACCGGAAGAGAUGUUUCUGGCACCGAUAACUACUCAUAAAAUUAAAUCCUUCCGUGUUUUAGGAUGACUUGAAGCAAAUCAAAUGGUAACCUUCAAAGACGGUAACAAAAACGAGGCUCUGUUCCUUGAUACUCAUGACUUUUUGCAUGUGAGAAACGUGAAAGGUCACCAUCACACCAAACAAAGGGAAAAGGACAAAUAGCUUGAAAAAAUUAACAAAGGAAAUAUUUAGCAGAUUCCGAAGUUUUGUGCCACCAACUGUAUCACAGAUCCCUUAAUUCUUUCAACAUCAGUAAACUAAUGAGAAAUAAGUCUAAUCAUACAAAAGUUCUUGAGAGAAUUUCUGAGGCAAAUGUUAACUCUGUCUAUAGUUGUUGUCACUAUUACCCUACUAUACCCAAGAGUAGCAGUGUGAAGUUCAAUAAUCCAUAUUCUUCAAAUAUUUCUUAUAUAAUUAACUUGACUUAGUAUGGUUAGAUUAAAUAUCCCCACCCUAGAGUUCAAGGGGAAGGUUAGACCCAGCCACAUUUGAACCUAACCCCUGCCCUUUGCCUUAGGAGACACUGUAUACUUUCACCGCAACAAGGGAAAUAAAUGAAUGGUGCUGAGAUGUUGGUGCGAAACUGCAUUUCAUAUUUUUGAACUGCUCACAAAAGAAGAGCUUGGAUUUUCUUCAGCAAGAGUGCUUAAAGCUCUUGUUAAAGCAGCAGUUGAUUCCAAAAGUAGUCAUAGUUUCCCGCUGUUUUUAGGUUGGCUUCUGUAGCAAUAUGGCCAUCUUCAUCUUUGAAAUGACGAUAAAGUAAUGGUCUCAACUAUGACAGAAAAGUAAUAUAAAAUCCAUCCAAUCUAUUAUUGCUCUAAUUAUGCAAUUAGUCUCCCUUAGUCAGUUAUUAUCCAGGGGACCCAAUUGAACCAAGCUAAUCCUUCUGGCAGGUUCAAAUCAUUUAUUUCAUAUGGCCAUUCUAAUGACUCUCAUCAUUAGAAUCUCACAUUCAGCAGUCAUCAGAAAUUUCCAAAGUACUGCAAUGAAAACAUCCUCAUUUGAAAACCUAUAAAGGCUCUGUACAUACAUAUAUAAUAUAUACUUAAGACUGUGCUCACUUCUCUUAUUAGUCAUAGGAAUUUAUUUUCAAUUAAUGUUCAUUCUACAGAGAUAAUCUUAAUAUUAUUUUCAUUUCAGGGUAGUGCUUUAUGAACACUUUUUGUGUUUAGAAGCACACUGUUGUUUAGCUGACUUUUAAGUAGGUAUGGUACCCAGGAAGUAAAGGUGGCACCUGGACAACAAGAGAAACGUGGUAUUUGGAUUACGGUUAAAAAAAAAAUUACAACCACAUUGCCCUUUGUAUUCCCUGAAUGGUUUUCUGUUUGUGAUGGAAUGCCCUGAAGAGUAACAAGUAUAUCAUGGUUGGGCUACUACUAGCUUGUAGGGUUUUAUUUUCUAAUUCUUCAUAUGCACACACAACACACACACACACACAGGAAUGCAAAUAAAUGCUACAAGAUGGCUUCACUGAAAUGGGCCAGUGUGUAUUAUAUUCACAGGUAAGUAUCAAAAAACGAUACCCAAGGAAGGUUAACAAGAGUUACUGGACAUAACACAAAAACAGCACCUUACAUGGUUUAUUGUAAAAAUGAGGUACUCUGCCUUGCAUCUUACAUCAUGUGACAAGUUGAACCAAGAAACAUAGUUCUUAAAAAGAAAGGUAUCAUCAAAAGUUGCUCUUUUAAGCUUUUGGUGUUAAAUUUCCAAGAGUUGACAAUAGCAAUUUCCAACAUUUUGGGAUAAAGUUGACCUCUCCUCUGACUGCAAGUGUUUAUUGAAAGGAAGUUGAGCUAUCUGAGCUGUAAUUGGCCAAAGUAUUUUUAUCUCACCCUGAAGAAUCACACGUUAUACCAAGAAUAGAUGUGUAUGACUCAAUAUUAAAAUAACUGUUUAAUGUCUCAUCACAAAGAUUGUUGGUGAAGCAAAUCUAUGAGAAACUAAAUUAUUUGAGCCCUGGAGGUGUCAGCUUCAGAGGAGCACUUUCCUCUACGAAUCAUCACAAAGAAUGAGCACCCCAGCCCACCUAUCUCUGCAGCUUUUCUUCCCACCAAAACACCAGGUCAAGAGGCUCCCCAUGGGCAGAUUUCUUUCUGUGAUAAGUCUUAAGCCAACAUGAAAUGUUGUUCUUGGUGGGGGCGUGGUUUUCAACUCAGCUUUCAUAUUAUUUGUGUCUUGAUCUUAGACACAGGCAAUGAGGCUGGCAGGAGGGUGGGAUGGGUCCAACUUUAACAUUUGCUUUGUUGAACAUAAGCAGAUUGGUUAGCAUAAGGGGUUGUUUCAGGAGCCCUGACGCCUGUCUAACUUUUCUUUAAACCUCUUUUCAACAGUUUCUUCAAACCUCUUACGAUGCUUCCUAUAAUAAGCCGAGAUUUUUAAAGAACAUUGAGCCAUUGUGCAUGAGGUUAAAACUUCCUCACUUUAUAUCAACUUUCUUCAAAAAAAUCUGAAAACUCAAAUAGGUAAAUACAUCAAAUAGAAAAGGUGUGAGGACAGUUUCAUAAGACCCUAAGAGAAAAAAAUCUGUGCACUGUAAAUACAACUUCCCUAGUUUUACAUUCUGGAGUUUCGGCUAGAGAAUCACUCUAUUUUCAGAUGGAACAAAGCUGGUGAUUUCAUUUUAACUCAGGAUAAAAAUAUGUGGCUUAGUUCUCAUUUCCACUUCGCAAAGUGUUAUACAAGAAACUGACUCUGGAUCUUAAAAGCACCCAAGUUUUAAGAAACCAAAAUAACUUUCUAAUUUCCGUUUCCGUUAUGUAAUUUAUAUGUCCCAUGUUCCUGAACAGUAGUCUACAUAGAAUGCUUUAUCCUGGCACAGGUAUUUCCUUGAGGACAGUGAUUUAUAAACUAGCAAUGGGACAUUCUUAGAUUCUGUAGACCUGAACACCAUCCAUAGAAACACACAUCUAAAAAGAAAGAGCAGAGUUCGUUCCUGGGUGUAAGAUAAGUAUUUGAAUGAGAUGCUUGUCUUUACCAAAUAAAUCCAUUGACCUCGGGAAUUCUGCCACCAAAUAAGUUUUCUUAGCCCCAGAUGACUAGGUUUCAAGCAGCAUAAUUGCUUUGGAAGAAUACUAAAAAGUCAAAAUCUCUGACAUUUUGAAGGACAUUUUUUUUAAUCACUUUAGUGUAAUUUUAGUUUUUGCUUCUUCUAGAUGAGAUGAUUUUUUUAAUUGUAGACAGGGGCUCAAGGUACAGGCAGCUCACUGUAUUUAAAUUAACACUAUACCCAACUUUCUUUAUCAGAUCACACAAGAAGAAAGAUUAAUAACUAGUGUGUGAGUUUUCCAGGAAGGCAGGCUACUCCCUAGGCUCUGACAAGCAUGUUUCCUUUGCAGAGAAUGGAAUUACACGGUGGGCUCCUCAGAGUUCAGUGAGCAUCAUGGUUGCAGCAUUGUAAAUCUUCCUUUGACAUCUUUGUGGAAUAAUUUUCAAAAGGGAUAAUUCUCCACUGAGAACACUAGACUCUGACUAUAUUUAAUGUGAAGAGCAAAACCCUCUUAGAAAGCAAAUACAUUGGCUCACACACUUGUUAAAAGUUAAUAAAGAGAUAGCUCAUUUUUAAAGCCUAGAGUUUAUGGUCUCUGCAUCAUCGACUUAAUUUAAGCAUUGCUGAGACAAUCUUUAAUCUCCCCAUUUUGUAAUACCUUAUUUAUGAUGCAUUCUCAUUUUUUAAUUUGGGGGGAACGUUAGCCUGACAGAGCCAGCAGAUGAAAGUGUUAAAAGGAGGUCAAAUGGAAACAAAGGCUAUUACCCACCAUAUUUCAGACAGUACGGAGGCACUUAGCCGGCGACUCACCCGGUUAUUAGAUUAAUUACAAAAGACCUUUUACAAGUUGCUUAAUUCCAUUAAAAAAAAAAAAAAAGAAGAAAGAAAAAAAAACUCACCGGCCACAAACUCAAAUUUCCUUUCAAAAUGAGGUUAUUUGACAAAUGAGGCAUGGACUCGGUGUUGCAGAAGACGCAUCCCGCUGUAAUGAGAGCUUGGUCUUUCUUGUGAGGCUAUGCUAUUUAUGUAAAUAUAUACGCACCUUCUGUAAGCUUUUAGUUUUCUAUGAUCUAUUAGUUUAGUGUUUAUUAAAAAAAAACAUAUGUGGAGUCACUCGGCACUCACAGGGAAUGCUUAUGCAGCAAACGUCUAAUAGAUCUGCUCAGAAGAAACACAGGAACACUUCAAACCCACUGCUGUUCUCUUUGCAAUUAUUUUCACUGCUUUAAAGGAAGCUGCAUUAGAACAGGCCUUGUAAUAAACGCUGUUCGCGUCUCCAGUAAUGCCAAGCUAAGGCGGCCUGGCGUUCUCCUACUGUGACUUGUGAUUUCUAAACAAAGAAAAUAAAGGCUUCUGGUACGGAUUGUCCUUAAUUAAAAAACAAUUCAAGUUUAAAUCGAAGCUUAUGCCACACUUUGAAGCCCAACUGGCUGGAAUCCUCUAUCGGUUCAUGUCUCUGGCAAGAUGAAAGGGUGGGGGAACCGAUCGGGCUGGCUUCCAACAUGUGUCUAGCUAGGCAGUUCUUCUGUAACCUUACACUUUACAUGGCAAAGUUUCUGUGUUAAAAGAAUAAGGUGGAAACAGUGACCCUUUAGCUCAGUGUGGCUGGGCCUUGUGUUGUAGUCAAAUGAUAGAUAAUACACUCCUUGACAUGGCUCCUUUUAUUUGGUUUUCUUUUCUUAGUCUUAUAAAUUUGAAAAGAAUGCAACUUUAAAAAGUGAUUUCUCACAAAGAGUAAAUAUGCCUUUUGCAAAUCAAUUUUUGUAAUGUUAUUUAUAUGAUAUUACUUAAUAAACUGGUUUUUUUU